UGCUAGUUGCACGUUUGUUUUGUUUUGUUCGGCAGUUUGAAAUUAGUGGAAUCACACUGAGUUGAAGCAAAUAAAAGUGAUGGAUAUGGAUCCUGACAAAUACUUUGCAGAUUAUGAAGACUUAGCGGUACAUGAGUUAAUGCUUAAAGAUCGUCCACGCCAGGAGGCAUACUAUCAGGCAAUAAUGAGUAACAGUACGAUGUUCAAAGAUAAAGUAGUACUUGAUGUAGGCGCAGGUACUGGUAUAUUAUCAGCGUUUUGCGCUAAGGCAGGUGCACGUUUAGUUUAUGCAGUGGAAGCAACAAAUUUGGCCAAGAUUGCUCUACAAGUUAUUGAAGAAAAUGCUUUGACCAGCAUAGUCAAGGUUUGUGAAUCCAAAAUAGAGGAAUUUCAAUUGCCUGAAACAGAGGAAAAAGUCGAUAUUAUUGUUUCGGAAUGGAUGGGAUUUUAUUUGCUGCACGAAGGCAUGUUGGAUUCAGUACUUUAUGCACGGGAUCAUUUUUUAAAACCCUCUGGUAAAAUGUUUCCAAACGAAACUAUCUUAUAUGUGGCACCUUGUCAAGUACCGAGUCGUUAUGAUGAUUGGGUCAAUGUUAAUGGCAUUAGCAUGACAAAGUUUGCUGCGCAUUUGCGAGAACAAAAAUCAAAGAAACCAGAAGUCGCGAACGUACAACCAACAGAUCUGCUGCAUGAGGGUACUGUGAUGCAUUGGAUGAAUUUGGAAGAGGUUAAAAUUGACGAAUUAAGUAGUGUAAUUAUGAAAGAAGUCAUAACGGUACAACGCUCUGGAAAAUUUCAAGGUUUUUGUAUUUGGUUCGAUUGUCGAUUUCCCGCACAAAGCUAUGAGGAUGCAGUUAUUUUGUCAACUGGACCGCGGGCACCGCUAACGCAUUGGAAACAAUGCAUUGUUGUUUUGCCUACAAAAGUGUGUGAAGAAGUGGAAGAAAAUCAACCGAUAGCAUUUGAAAUGAAGAUGCUUCGUAAACAAGAUAAUCCAAGAUUUUAUGAUCUUGAGGUUGAGCUUUUUGAUCCUGAUGAUGUAGAACAUCCAACGCCUUGUGAUUGCUUUUUAACAAAAUGUAUACUAUUGAAAACCCAUUUGCAAACAAUGGACACAUCUUAACCAUAAUUUUAAAAUAAUAAACUUUAUAAAUA